UCCUCAAUUUUGACUCUAGAAGAAUACAACAAGAUUCUAAAGAUUUAUAACGAAGACACGCCAGAUGGUUUACAGAAAAUGUUUUUUUAUGUGGCUGGAUUAGAAUUAGCUUGGAGGGGAUGUGAAGGUGUUAACGUUACUAUCAAACAUUUUAAGGAAGAAAGUGAUAAUUGUGGUUUGCCUACGGGGCGAAUAGAAUACAAUUGUAUUUUUUCCAAAACAGCUCAAGGAGGUAGCCAUAAAUUAACAGACAGCAAAUGGCUUGCAACAAACACCACAGAUCCUAGAAUUUGCCCUGUUAGGCUCUACAAAAAAAUGCUGAGCAAGAGAGGUAAACAUAUAACCACCGAUCGUUUAUUUUUAACGCCAAAUCCUGCAUGGAGAGAACCUAGUUCUGUAGGAUGGUUCAAAAAUUCACCCGUUGGAAGGAAUGAAAUGGGGAAAUGGACAAGAACCGCCGCAGAAGAAAUAGGCAUCGACAUAAAGAAAAAGAAGAUUAGUAAUCAUUCAUUACGGUCAACUGCAGUGUCGCAACUUGCAAAAGCGGGAGUCGGUGAAGAACAGCUUAUAAAGAUUACCGGUCAUGCCAAUACUUUCUCCAUCAAACCAUACCUUCAGCUCGAUGGAGAUCAUCAUUAUCAAAUGAUUGACAAAUUACGCGCCAACUCAACGGCUAUGGAAGAGUCUAAUAACAAAUCCACAAAUUGCGCACCGUCUGCUUUGGUACAAAUGUCUAAAAAUAUAGUUACUACUUCACCAAGCACACAAACCCCUGUAAAUUACUACAACUCCAUGGACGAAGGUGCUUGCAUUUCAAGCAUGCACCGUGAUAAAAGUGCUAGUGAAUACACAACAUGCGAUUGUCCUACUUUUGCGAAAGCAAGAAAUAACGUUAACAGCAUCAAUUUCGAUUCCCGUACUAUUUCGAUAGAUGAUGACUUUCCGUUACUUGAUCGAGACGACGAAUUAAAUCAUGAGAAAAAUUCGAUAUUUGAAGAAAAAUAUGAAUUGACGAAUCCCUUAUUUCGCAUUUCUACUGGCUUAAGUGUUGUGUUAGAUUUUUUACAUGUCUUUUUGAAUAUUUUAAUUAAAAUACAUUUUGAAACAUCGAAUUUGGACUGUGAUGCUCCUAAGAAAUUUCAGUUCGACGGUUUCGAAUUGAACAUUGCAACAUCACAUGAUUUUUGCAGUGGACCAACAGUCAUCGAAUUGAGAAGAGGCGAUACGGUUUUACAUUUAGGACCAGCGCUUUGCCGUGAAAUCAUAGCAUUAGACGAAACAAUAUGUUAUAGAUUAAAAUUCUUAGAAGAGUUACAAUUUUGUAAUUUUUAUAAUAAUAUGAUUCGUUACUUAAAAUAUGUCCCACCUGAAAAAAUUUAUUAUGCUACGACUGCUAAUUUACACUGCAUGAAAGAACUGCUAGCACAGCGAAGUUUCAAGGUUUUUGCAGAUCUCGCAUCAACCGAUUAA